GCUUACCGCAGAUGCUGGUCACCCGAUAAUUACACACAGGAAGCCUGACGAAGGGCGAUGGGAGAGGUUUCUCGCAGGAUUCAUGACGGCCAUGAUCAGCAACCUGUUCUUGCGCAAGUGAUUUUUUUGGGGUUCUUCUUGAAGACUGCUGCUCGCUCAUUUCGACGUAAUGGCCACUGCUACUAUCAGCGUCUUCUUGGUGCUGGGUCUCUGCUCCCGUCUGGCUCACAGCAGUACCGCUCUUUCCUUAGCCCUAUUCAAUGAUGGCACCAACUGCUCGUCCAAGGCGGCGCAAGACAACGUAUGGAACCCGAGUCCGCAGGAUGCCACCAGUGAUGGAAACAACUGCGUCCAAAGUCUGCCUCUUGUUGCGAGCAGCCUCACGGUAAUCGGCAUUGACGCUGGAUGUACCGUCACACUCUACUCGGAUCAAUAUUGCAGUGACAAUGCGACGCCAGCGAGGGUGAAUGUGUGUGCCAAUGUGGGAGGUCCCAACAUUCAAUCCUUCAGUGUUGACAGCUGCGAUGUUCCCUUUGCGUCUUCUGGGAACGCGUCCACGACGGCCACCCAGUCUCUCUCCUCGACAUUUCCCGAGUCGACAACAACAAGCACGUCUUCCCCAACCACGGCUACCAGCGCGGCUACAAGCGCAGCAUCCGGUCACAGUGCUCUUUCGCCAGGCGCGAAAGCUGGCGUUGGUGUCGGUGUCGCGGCGGGUGCGCUCUUCUUCAUCGCAGGCGCAGUGAUGCUCUGGUCUGCUCGACGCCGAUCGCGGGCCAGUGGUGCGAAUGCGGCGAACAAUGGUUCUAAGGGACCUUCUCAGGAGCUUGACGGAAAUCGGGAUAUCAGGGAGAAGAUGGCAGCGGGCGACAGAGAACAGGCAUUCCCCGAGCUCCCCAGUCCUGCAGCGGAACUGGAGUCCAACAAGGACCGUCAGGAAUUGCCUGUCGUUCUAGCCAUGUCGCAUAUGCCGCAGGAGUUGCACGGGAGCGCGCCUUAUGGCCAUAAUUGAAUAUUUGACGGAGCGGUACAUAGACGACAGAUGGAUAGAGUGAUUCAACAUUGCGAGUGGUUUAAAGCCGCUUGCGGGGGUGUGUAAGCAACACGGACACGGAUACCGGAGACUGAGAGCAGGAGCCCAUCCCAUCACGGAACUUGCUCAAAAUGUCGCGACACGGGGGGUUUUGGUCGAUAAUACUACCUGUAAGGCUGCACCUUUCUACUUCUAGACUCUGGUAUGCAGGUGGUAUAUAACCUCGCGAAGGGAAGACCGUAGUCGUCUUUUUCCUCUUACUCUUCCUCUUCCUACCACCACCACGACCACCUCGUACCGCGCGCCGAUAGAUCUCCC